AUGGUUCAAAAUGAUUGGUUUUUCUGCUGUGUUCCAGAGAAGUGCAAGCGCUUCCUGCAGGAGUUCUACAGCGAGGAUGACUCCGGGAAGAAGGUGUUCAAAUACGGCGCUCAGCUGGUGUCCCUGGCGCACCGCGAGCAGGUGGCGCUGGUGCUGGAUCUGGAUGAUGUGGCGGAGGAAGACCCUGAGCUGGUGGAAAGCAUGUGUGAGAACAGCAAGCGUUACGCCGGACUGUUUGCGGAUGCGGUUCACGAGCUGCUGCCAGAGUACCGAGAGCGAGAGGUUGUGGCGAAGGAUGCCUUGGACGUUUAUAUCGAGCACCGGCUGAUGAUGGAGACCAGAGGUCGUGACCCCGCAGACACGCAUGACCCCCGGAACCAGUAUCCGUCUGAACUCAUGCGCAGAUUUGAGGUUUAUUUCCGUCCUCCGUCCACGCUGAAGCCCAAGGUGGUGCGUGACGUGAAGGCUGACGGCAUCGGUCAGCUGGUGACCGUCAGGGGAAUCGUCACCAGAGCCACGGAGGUCAAACCCAUGAUGACUGUGGCCACGUACACGUGCGAUCAGUGCGGAGCCGAGACCUACCAGCCGAUCGCCUCUCCGAGCUUCACGCCGCUCAUCAUGUGUCCCAGUCAGGAGUGCGUCACCAACAAGUCUGGAGGACGGCUGUACCUGCAGACACGCGGGUCAAAGUUCAUCAAGUUCCAGGAGCUGCGCAUUCAGGAGCAUAGCGAUCAGGUGCCGGUGGGAAACAUCCCCCGCAGCAUGACCAUUUACGCCCGCGGAGAGAACACGCGUGUGGCGCAGCCUGGAGAUCACGUGGCUGUUUCUGGAAUAUUCCUUCCUCUGCUGCGCUCCGGAUUCAGACAGGCUGUACAGGGUCUGCUGUCAGAGACGUAUCUGGAGUGUCACUGCAUCACUCUGAUGAAUAAGACUGAGGAUGAUGAGCUGGGAACUGAAGAGCUGAGUGAUGAAGAGCUGCGUCAGAUCACGGAGGAGGAUUUCUACGAGAAGCUGGCGGGAUCGAUCGCACCGGAGAUUUACGGCCAUGAGGACGUGAAGAAGGCGCUGCUGCUGCUGCUGGUGGGUGGAGUGGAGCAGGCGCCGCGUGGGAUGAAGAUCAGGGGGAACAUUAACAUCUGUCUGAUGGGAGAUCCGGGUGUGGCCAAGUCUCAGCUGCUGUCCUACAUUGACCGUCUCGCUCCUCGCAGUCAGUACACGACAGGCCGCGGCUCGUCCGGUGUGGGGCUGACGGCGGCGGUGAUGCGUGACCCGGUCACGGGUGAGAUGACGCUGGAGGGCGGCGCUCUGGUGCUGGCUGAUCUGGGUGUGUGCUGCAUCGACGAGUUCGAUAAGAUGGCCGACGCCGACCGCACGGCCAUUCAUGAGGUCAUGGAGCAGCAGACCAUCUCCAUCGCCAAGGCCGGCAUCAUGACGUCUCUGAAUGCACGCUGCUCGAUCCUGGCGGCGGCGAACCCGGCGUACGGCCGCUACAACCCUCGCAAAACCCUCGAGCAGAACAUCCAGCUGCCGGCGGCGCUGCUGUCGCGCUUCGACCUGCUGUGGCUCAUUCAGGACAAACCCGAUGCAGACAACGACCUGCGUCUGGCUCAGCACAUCACAUACGUGCACCAGCACUGCAAGCAGCCGCCGACACACUUCAGCCCCAUCCACAUGCAGCUCAUGAGGCGUUACAUCAGUAAGUGUAAGCAGAAGCAGCCGGUGGUUCCUGAGGCUCUGUCGGAUUACAUCACAGCCGCAUAUGUAGAGAUGAGAAAAGAGGCACGAGUCAGUAAGGACACGACGUUCACCUCGGCCCGAACGCUGCUGUCCAUCCUGCGCCUCUCCACUGCUCUGGCUCGUCUGCGGAUGGUGGAUGUUGUAGAGAAGGAGGAUGUUAAUGAGGCCAUGCGACUGAUGGAGAUGAGCAAAGACUCGCUGCAGGCCGACAAGACCAACAACACCAGGUCACAGCGUCCCGCUGACGUGAUCUUCUCUCUGCUGCGGGAGCUGGCCGGUGAAGGUGCGUUGAGGUCUGUUCGUGUGGCCGAGGCCGAGCAGCGCUGCGUGUCUCGUGGGUUCACUCCUGUGCAGUUCCAGGCUGCUCUGGACGAGUAUGAGGAGCUGAACGUGUGGCAGAUCAACCAGGCGCGGUCACGCGUCACGUUUGUGUGAAUGAACGGCACACCAAACACAGACUGCACAUGAUCCCAUGCUUUUGAACCUUUCCGGCUGAUGGUGUUGUGAUGAGGAGGGAGCAAGUUUCAUUUGUUUUGCUUUUAAAUCUGUUAAAUCCCUGAAAUAAAUCCUGUAAAUAGAUAAAA